AUGGCGCAGCCUUCUGCGGGCGCCGUGCCGGAGGCCGAGAUGGAGGAAGCAACCAUGCAAGAUGGAAUGGCAGCUGGGCCCGUGGUCGACGAGACUGCGGAGAGAGCGGCAGCUAUUGCUGCUGAGCAGGUGGCUGUGGCAGCCAGCCUGCAGCGACGCCACGACCAGCUUAUCAGGCUGGUGCAGAAGCCCGACCUCUACCGCCCUGAGACACGAGACCAGGAGACAGAGCAGUGGAUGGACUGGAGGUUCGCCUUUGUGUCCUACCUUGGCGUGGUAGACGCCCAGUUUGCGGUAGAAAUAGAGAAGGUCGAAGCAACGGCGAACUCGGAGAAGGCGAUGGUGAACAUGGAGCCGGCCACGCAGGUUCGCUCACGCGAACUAUAUGCAAUAUUGCUGUCGUUCGUGAGGAACAGGCCGGCAAAGUUGGUCCGGGCGGUCCCCCAGAGCAACGGCUACGAGGCUUGGAGAGUCUUGACUUUGGAGAUGAUGCCCUCCAGCCGCCAGAGACAACUUGCGCUUAUUACGCAACUCACCUCCACCCGGCUGGACGGCACCAAGUCUUUGGGCGAGCAACUUGGCAGAUACGAUGAACUUGUUCGAGAAUAUGAGCGCGUGUCGGGAGGAAAGUUUUCGGAGGACCUCAAGGUGAGCACUCUUAUUGCAGCCGCGCCGCCGGCGCUACAAGCACAGCUGCACAUGAGCUUGGGGCCUUCGACCACCUAUGUUUCAGUGCGUGAGAAAAUCCUCCUGUACGAGCGCUCCACGGCCAAGUGGCACACCGCCACUCCGCUGGCAAUGCCCUCCUUGAGUUCCUCCUCGAGCGGCCCUGCCCCCAUGGAGGUGGACCGCGUGCAGGACAAGGGCAAGGGCAAGGGCAAGAAGAAGGACGGCAAAGGGAUGAUCACCCCUCCGUCUGCCCCCAUCCUGGAGGUCUACGAGAUGUCGGAUGGUGAGAUAGAGGAGCCCUACGAGUGCGCGGUCCGGGCCGUGACCUACCUGAAGUACAAAGGGAAGGUUGCCCAGCAGAGCGGGUUCGAUGAGGGCGAGCCUUGGGAGAUCAUUUUGGACUCCGGGGCUGACGCCUCUAUGGUGCCAGAGUCCCUGCGACACCUGGGCCAGGAUGCCAACGACCGCGUCCCUCACCUUACCGACGCCCAGGGGAACUCCAUCGCCAGCCGGGGGAUGAAGAAGUACGAGUUCCUUCUUGAGGACACCAACGGCCAGCAGUACCUCAUCCGGGAAACGUGUGUGGUUGGCCCGGUGCGCUCUCCUUUGCUGGCCGUGGGAAAACUUCUGAGAAAAGGCUGGCAACUUACUUCGCCAGGAGGACCUGGGCACCUGCACUUGGAGGAGCCCUUUGGAAGGAAAACCCCAGUGGGGUACAAGAACCACAGCCUGGUGGUACUAGGCCACAUUCGGGCCCUCACCGAGGUCCCGCGGACUUUGCCCCCGAAGGUGCCGGAGGUGAUGCUUCCCGACUUUAUGCAGGAGCACGUGGGCACCGAGGGCAUGCACACUCUUGAGAACGGCUGGCGGAUGCACUACAGCAAGGAGGCCAAGCAGCUUCUUGAUGGACGCGAGUGGUUCGAUGGGGACUACUGGUGCUGCCGGACCACUUUUCUGCAGACUGCGAGCGGGAAGUGGUUGCAGGUGGAGAACAGCGCCGACUAUACCUACGAGGCCAACCCCUACGGCACCGUGUCCAUCUACCCUGUAGCCCGGGUGACUUUGUUCAGCAUGACCCCGUUCAGCUCUGCCAGUUUUCCCGGCGGCCUCGAACCGAAACCUUCCGACAGGUUGCUGUACGAAGCAUCUCCUGUGGAGGAGGCCGGCCCAGGAGCAAGCUCGUCCCAAGGGACCCCGGAGGACGAGGAGAUGGGCGCACCGCCGGCAGGGCUUACGCAGGAGGAGCUCGAAGCCUAUGUUGGGACGUGGGCAGCCAAGGCGGUUGAGGACGAUUUGGUCCGGGAGCCGGCUGGCCUGCGACAGCCCGACGAGCCGCCAGAUGAUGAAGCCCAGGCUCGGCACCGUUUGACCCACGUACCGUUUGCUUCGUGGUGCCCAGCCUGUGUAAAGACGCGCAGCCGAGACGACCACCACCGCCGAGCCAACCAAGACCACAGUGUGCCCGUGGUGCAGGUCGACUUCUACUACACCAAGGUGGACCCCGAGUCGCGGCCGGACCCUGAGGCUUUCCAGGAGGCUACCAACAUGAUUGGCGUGGACCUGGAGACGAAGAUGGUUCCGGGCCCCGACAAAGGGCCGAGCAUGCUGAGGCGAGUCGCCGAGGAGCUCACGAGAUUUACCGUGAGCCUCCAUGCCGAGGACACCGUCAUCAUUCAGUCCGACGGCGAGCCCUCGAUUAAGGCAGUGGUCCGGGCAACAGCGGCAGCGAGACAGCGCCUCAACAAGAAGACGGUGCAGCGCACGACACCAGUUGCUGCACAUGCGUCCAAUGGGGGCGCAGAGCGCGCCAUACAAACAGUCCGGCGCCUUGGGAACUGUUUCGCGGAAGCCUUCGAAGAACGCGCUGGGAAGCUGAAGGUCGGCAGCCAUGUAAGGGUCUGGGUGCAGGGACACGCAGCCUUCAUUUACAACAGGUUCCACCUGCUCCCGGGCAUCAGCAAGACCCCCUUCGAGCUGGCGCACGGCGGGAAGCAGUUCGACCAGCGCCUCUGCGAGUUUGGGGAGACAGUCUACGGCCGAGUCGUGCGGAAGUACAAGGGCGAGGCGCAGUGGAUAAAAGGCGUUUGGUGCGGGAUCAACCCGCACAGUGGGGCACACCGUAUCAUGAGUGCGGUCGGCCACCUUGAGUGCAACGCCGUCCGCCGAGCAGCCAGCCACCUGCAGCUCAAAGCCGAGGAGAUUGAUGCUGAGAUGUUUGGGCUGCCUUGGGAGCACGGAGUGGUGGAAAAGAAGCGGCAGGCAAAGAGGAGGACAGCGCCCACAGCCAUGCCGGCGGUCCUCAUGCAAGAAGACCCUGCUUCCUUGUUGGCACCGCCCACACCAGCAACACCCGGAGGUUUGUCGCAAGCGCCGGCCACCCCUGCACCAGAGCGGGCCGAGCCGAACACGCCAAGGCCCGCUGGACCUGCCACAGGAGCACAGCAGGACGAGGCCGGGAGCGACCCAGAAAGCAGCAGCAGCAGCAGCUCUGAAGAUGAGUUGCUGGCGGCAGCGGAUGCAAGCCCAACCGGGCUUAAGCGGAAAGCGGCCGAGCAAGCAGCCGCCAGCUCGAGAGUCCGAGGGAGAACCCUGGAGGAACCAGGAACUGGAACAAAGCGGAAGCCCAGCCGAAGCCCAGAGAAGGAGGAGAGUGAGCCCAGUCAUGCCAUCAGGCUGGUGGAGACCGUGGACGCGCAGUGGCACGAGGCUGCGGAUCUGGAGGUCCCGGCGGGCCCCGAGGAAACCGAGUGGGAGGUGAUAGGCGGGGACGCGUUCAGCAGCGACACCGCCAAGGACAGCAACAACAAGUUCAGCGACUUCCCGCCGGAGGUCUCCGAGGAGGACCUGGAACAGCUUGACGCCGAGGCUGAGUUGGAAGAGGUGGCCAGGCUCGAGAAGAUUGGGGUUCUUAAGGAAGUCACCGAAGAGCCGGCCGAGCACCUCUCCACGAUCUUUGUGAAGGUCUGGAAGCUUGGGCCUCAAGGAUGGUUCCGCCGAGCACGUCUCGUUGCCAGGCAAUACCGGUGGGCCAGCCACAUGCAGGAUGAUGAGACCUUUGCUCCUGCAUCCGUGGCGCCUCUCGGGAGAAUGGUGCCACUUAUGGCACUCACCUGGGGCACCCCGAUAUACGUCCUAGACGUGAAGGACGCCUACUUGACGGUCGACCAGCCGGAGGACGAGCCCGUGACAAUCAGCUCGCCAGCGUCUUGGUUCAAGAAGCACGGCGAGCACAAGACGUGGAAGUUGGGCAAGGUCCUCCCCGGCCAGAGGCGCGGCGCCCAGGAGUGGUACAACAAGUUCAACGACGACCUCACCAAGAACGCCCUGGAGCCCAUGAUUGAGGUUCCCACUUUGUACCGCUCCCUGGAAGGCCGCUUUGGGGGACAGCUCCACGUGGAUGAUAUGAUGUCCACCGGGGACGACGAGGUGAUCCAGCCGCUCCACAAGGACCUUUCGAGCAAGUACACGGUGAAGAUCGCCGGCCCCUACCAGAACCCUGGGGAUGAGUUCGAGUUUCUCAAGAGGAGGUACCGCAUCGAGAGCGACCUCAGCAUCACCGUUCGGCCAGCUAUCCGGUUCUACUACGACGUGUGGGAGCUGACCGACAGACCGAAGACCAGGUCAACCCCGGGCCCUACCGAGCUCAUGUUCCACAAGGACGACAGCGACGAGCUUUCGAACCCAGAGGCCACAAAGUACCGCACCGUUGUGGGGAAGCUGUUGUAUAUCAGUGGAGAAAGGCCGGACGCGCAGGUGGUGAUACAGUACCUGUCGUCCAAGGCCAGCAGCCCCACCAAGACCUCAAUGAGAGUGCUUUGCCACCUUUGCGGGUACCUUUGGGCAACGCAGGGCUACGGGAUCAACCUGCGAGUGCACACCGGCAGCUCGAUACUGCGGUCUGAGGGGGCGCCUCCGAGGAGCGAGCACAAGGACCCAGCUGCGAAGCCCGUGGUCGAGGCGAUAUCGGACUCGAACUUCGCCAACAGCCACGAGACGCGAAGGAGCUUGAGUUCAGGCCAGGUGUACUACGACGGCGCCUUGGUCUACUCCUUCGUCAGGGCCCAGAAGGUGGUCACGACGAGCUCUGGCGAGGCCGAGCUGGUGGCGUUGACGCAGACGGUGGGAGAGGCCGUGUUGGUGCGGAAGGCGGUCGCGUUCCUGCUGGGGCGCCGGCCUGAGGAUGUUGACCUGACGGCCCGCACCGACAGCUCAGUGGCCCGAGCCAUUGCAUCUCGCAAUGGUAUCGGCAAGGUCAAGCACCUCUCGACCUCCUGCCUUUGGCUCCAAGGUUGGGUGGCAAGGAAAGAGCUGAAGAUCUCCGCCAUCCCGACCGAGAUCAACCCCGCUGACCUCGGCACCAAAGUGCUCACGGCACGCCGGAUGGCCUUGCUACUGUUCAUCCUCGGGAUGGUUGGCGACAAUGGCCAGAGGAUUGGAGAAGAAGAGCACCAAGAACGGCGAGCACGACGAGGAGGCCAACAUGCAAGCGUGCUGCGGCUUGCGCAGAUGGUGCUGGCCAUGCAGCUUCAAGGGUGUGCCGCUGUUGAGGGCAGCGGGCAGGCCACGAACGACUUUGUCGAGCAGUUCUUUCUGAAGCUGCUGCUCGCUCUUGAGGUGCUCAAUGGUGUCCUGCUGGAGUACCCCGCCGCGCUUGGAUUGGUCGCUGUGCUGUUGGUGGCAGUCGGGCUGUGCUAUGGAACCUGGGGAAGGCCCUUUGUGAUCAAGGUCGAGGUGACACGGCCAAGGCACAGAGCACAAGCAGACGAGGACCAACAAGCAGCCCACGAGGACCAUCAAGCAGCCCACGGGGACCAGCUGGCAACGCACAAGCGGGAGGUAGCGGACAACGAGAAGCAGAUCACGAACCACAUCGAGAAGCAGAUCACGAACCACAUCAAGGAGCAGAUCACGAACCACAUCGAGCAGAUCACGGACCACAUCGAGCAGAUCACGGACCACAUCGAGCAGAUCAUGGGCCACAGAGGUCAGAACAGAGGCACAGUCGUGAAGUCGUACAAGGGGAACCGAGCAGUUCUACAGCCACCGGAGGGUCAGGACCGAUGGCACACAAUGGCGACGGGUCUCUCCAGUUCCUGGGCACAGGUGCGAGCAGUGACAACAGUUCCCUGGCGACCCAGAGGGCGGCUCGUGCUGGCAAAGGGCGCUCGACAGGACCCUUUGGACCCCAAUGGUGAGGCCCUGGUGAUGUGGCGCUACGACAAUGUGGUCUAUGCACCCUCGAGGGGAUAUGCGUUUCACCUGCCUUCGUGCAGGAAUGUGCAGGGCAGUGCCAAGACCGUACGGCGCUGCACCUUGCAAGAAGCGAUUGAACGCGGCUUGCAGCCCGGACAGUGCUGCACCGCGGGUCGCUUGGAGAUGGUCGAAAAUCGACCGUAG